CACCACACACACACACACUCAUGGACACAUAAACACUCAUACACACACCUCCCUUUCCCACCCAUCAGCAAGCUAUUUUUUACACCCCACAAGUAUCCUACCAUAAGAAAAAAAAAGUUUUUUUCUUCGUCAUUGGAAAGAAGAAAAUCCCUCCAAAGAAAGUCCAACAAACCAGUCAGAGAGCCCUCGAGGCGCAGGACAAGAUGGCCCAGAGGUCGUUCAGAGUGGCGUCUAAGUUCCUAGGAGCUUUCUGGAAGCCGAUUCCUUCCAUCAAAUCAUCGGGAAAUAAGAGGAAAUCUCUCGGUCAGAUUGCAGGAGACCGUUGGAGAGGCACCGUCACGUGACCCCCGGUACCAAAUGGUCUUCCGGCAGUGGCUCUCAACAAGGACCGGAGCACAAGAAGACGCCGCCACUUCUCUCAGAAAUGCAGAAGACAACAUACUACGACAACUCCUCUGCGAUUUUCGGUGGCUACUCAUCCUACCAGGUGCAGGGGGCGGCAGCGGCUGCAGCAGCAGCCGCCAACGGCUUUGGGGGCUACGAUGCACCGGUCCCAGUGUCCCACCACCAGCCGGCCUUCCAGUCUGCAACCCAUCUGGAUGUGGAUUCGUACCAGCGCUCGGCCUGCUCUUUGCAGUCACUGGGCAGUAACAAUGGCCACCAGCAGCAGCAGCUAGCCAAGACCAAGGAGCUGAAUGGCAGCUGCAUGCGGCCCAGUCUGCCGCCUGAGCACCACCCCGGCUCCCAGGUGUCCCCUCCACUGCCCCCCAACCCCAGCAACGGCAAUACUGGGGCUCAGCAGCCGGGGGGCAGUGCUGGGGCCUCCUCAGUCUCUAAAUCAGGCCCCAAUAAGUCAUCCAAUUCUUCCUCCUCCACAUCGUCCUCCUCAUCGUCCUCCUCCUCACUACCCCCCAACCCAACUAUGGCCAAGCAGAUCUUUCCCUGGAUGAAAGAGUGUCGACAGACGACCAAGCAGAAAAACUGUUCGCCCAGCAACAACUCUGGAAAUGCAUCAGGAGGAGCUGAGAGUGGCAGCAGCGGGGAGAAGAGUCCUACCGGCGGGUCAUCGGCGUCAUCUAAGCGGGCUCGGACAGCGUACACCAGCGCCCAGCUGGUUGAGCUGGAGAAGGAGUUCCACUUUAACCGGUACCUGUGUCGGCCGCGGCGCGUGGAGAUGGCCAACUUGCUCAAUCUGUCUGAACGCCAGAUCAAGAUCUGGUUCCAGAACCGACGCAUGAAGUACAAGAAGGACCAGAAGUCCAAGGGCCUGAGCUCCAGUUCUGGAGGGCCAUCACCAACUGGCUCCCCGCCCCUGACCAUGCAGUCCUCCGCCAGCUUCCUCAACUCAAUGCACCCCAUGGGAGGGGGAGGCGGAGGAGGAGGGACGGGCUACGAUGUCCCAUCACCGCCAUCCUUUGGCAAGCCCCACCAGGGAGUGUCUUACUCCAUGUCCACUGCCUACUCCAAUGUCCCCAUGAAGGGCUGCCCCCCUCAACAGAAGUAUGGUGCCCCAGACCCGGACUAUGGCGACCCCCAUCCUCACCAUGGCCUAGUGCAGGCCAGCAACACUGGCUACGGGACUCCCACCAACAUGCAAGCCAGUCCAGUCUAUGUGGGGGGUGGCAGCUAUGUGGAACCUAUGCCCGGCUCGGGGCCCUCCAUGUACGGGCUAAACCACCUCGGCCCCACACCACCCCACCACCAAACCAUGGACUACAACGGUGCGGGGCCCAUGUCGGCAGCCAACCAGCACCACGUGGGAGGAGGGGGUCCCCCGGGUCCCUGUGACCCGCCCACGCACCCGACGUACACCGAGCUGUCGGCGCACCACACCUCGACUCAGGGCAGAAUCCAGGAAGCACCCAAGCUCACUCACCUGUAGCAGGUUUGGAACAAAAUGACAACGUAGGAAAUAGUGAAGACGACACAGAACAAGUAACACGACGUGACUCACUAACAGACUAACUAACAUUCGGGACUCUACUGCUGCAACGGGACAACAGGACAGACAAAAAGGGAACAGACAGGAGACAUCCAGUGGUUUGUCCUGUGCUCCAUAGCCACAAAGGAGGCAAUCAGUGUUUACACUGUGUGAAGAGACUAUUUGUUUUAACUUUAAAAAGUUAGUGUCUCAGGUGCUUUAAAAUUUAAGCCAACUGAAUUUAAGAAAACAAGUCGAGGUAAUUUCUGUCAUGAUUAAACUUUUCCUCUCAUAUUCAGUCAACUUAAAAUUUAAAGUCAAUCCCAGAAACCAACAUUUUUAAGCUAAAACAGAAAGUCUCUCUUUACAGUGUGAUGUUGUCCAGCCCCUCCCUGUGUCCACUGCCUUCUGAUUAGGGCUAGAGCUUUCACUGUUACAUAUGAACUGCAGUUCAUUUCAUUUUAAAAAACAAAGGUUUGGCCCAUUAUCAAGUAGCAGCAAUGGAAGCAAACUGUUUGUGUUGCCAAAAGUGUUGAAAAAAGGAACAUUUCUGUUCUGAGUUUGGUUACCAAAACAUGGUCCAAGGAAUUUUUUGUAAAGCUGGGACCAAACUUAUCCUGCUACAAACGCUUACACCCUCACACAGGAAAUGAUGAAUUUUAAAGCAUUUAAAAGUGCAUUAUCAUUUUUUUUUUAAUUUAACCUACACAAUCAAAAGUGCUCAAUUUUAAAGUACAUUAUCUGUGAUUUAUUUUUCAUUUUAAAACUCUUGGUUGCACAUUUAUCAUGAACCUUUUUAGAGCAAUUUACACCCAGUGAAGUAUAUUGGAGGCGUGGGAGAAGAACUGUACAGUCAAUUGUCUCCCGCGUCCCCGCGGGGACAAUAAAUGUCAGGAAGCUUGUCUCGUGGCACUGGCGUGGAGACAUAUCGGCAGCUGUAUGGCAUAACAGGAUCUAUGGCGAGCACCAUUGUUUAGUCAGUAUUCAUUAGACGGAUAAUCUACUGCACAGUCAAUCAGGAAACUGUAGUGUGGACUGCUGUAUUCAAAGCAGAUGUCAGGUUUUUUUUCCUCAGAGGUGGAAAAAUAAAAUCUAAAAUGACAGAAAAAUCUCUCUGUCCCAUACAUAGGUAUAGAUUUUGGGUGGGGAUGCUGGGGACAUGCCUCCUUAAUAUUAAAAACAUGAAUGCAGAGUGCUUUUAUUUUGACAAAACAAACUUUAAAAGACAUUUAAACCAUGGAUUGAUGUGUAAAAGGAACAAAUUAGUGCAUAAAAAUCCACCAAAAUACAGAAAAUUUGGUGUUUGAUGUUUAAAAUUUCUGGUGGAGGAACCCCCACAAAGCCCCCUAACUAUGUCCUUAGUAUCACUGUGAUGAGGAACUGUUUGUUUUAACCUAAAAAAUGUGGGUCGAGUGUCCCUUCAGUUUUUAGGUUGUCUGAUUUUGAGAAGACAAGUUGUGUCAUUACAAAAUUACCUUAGCUUGUCUUCUGUAAUUUAGUUAAGUUCAAAUUUAAAGGCAGCCCGGACACCUUUUUUAAAAGUUAAAACAGUUACUUUCUUUUUAUAAUGUAUGUUUGAGAUACUCAGCAAAAACUAAUUGCAAAACAAUUUCCAUUUGGGUGGAGCAAAUGGUAGCUCAGCUAGCAUGUUGCUAGCUGCUCUUGUAUGUGGUUUAAAAUUGUACUUUGAUAGUAAAAUCUUCCCCCUAAGACACGCACAUAUACAAACAGCUCUCCCGCCUGGUAAAUGAAAUAGUUGAGAUUUUAAUGGGCAGUUAACGAGGUGGUUAGAUUUAUGAGGCUGAGCUCUCUCCCCCUCUAGGCAACACAUGUUGUUGUCAGACGAGCUGAGCUAUGUGGAGGGCUAUGCCUCUCCAUCAGCCGGAGAGAGAGAGAGAGAGAACAGAAAAAUAUGGCUGGAGCUGGCAGCACUCGUCUUCCUCUUUUCCCCCCUUCGACAAAGCACAUAAAAACCACUGGAUGGUCUUCCCUUCGCUGUCUUCUUUUUGCCUCCUGCCAUCCUCGUCUCUGUCCAUCCAGACUGAAUCACUACUAACCCACCGUCUCCUGUCUGUGGCAGCAGCACAUGGCUUCUGAAGAAGGCAAAAAAUUUCCCACAAUCCGCCACAGACCGCCGCCCCCCCUCCAACACACAUCCAUCACCACACAUGCACUCGCCACCCCUCCCAUCAAUCUAACAGGGUUUAAGAAGCUACGGGCUCAAAGGCUAAACUAGCUCCCAUAGACACACAUCUGUGCUAAGCUACGCUAGUUCAUCACAAGUCCACACAGCAAUGCUAAGCUAGCUUCCUUCUGUUGACACACAUCCACAGCCGGGCUCAGCCAGCUGUUGACAUCUUUAAACAAACAUGAGAGGACAUGGAAGAGAAUUUUUUUUAAUGUUCUUAUUUUAG